CUCUCUCUCUCGUCGAUCGAUCCACGCUGUUCAAGCAGGUGGCAUGGCGGUCUCCGCCAUGUACGCGGCGGCGGCCCUGGGCAGGAGGAACCGUACGGUGACGGCCGCCGUCGCCGUCCUCGUCGUCUCCCUCUCGCUGCCGCUGCUCUUCCCCUUCGGCGCGGCGGCGCAGGAGCUCGACGAGGAGGGGGACUUCAGCUACCGGCGCGAGGACGGGAACGGGCCGACGCGGUGGGGCGCGGUGCGGCGGGAGUGGGCGGCGUGCUCGGUGGGGCGGCUGCAGUCGCCGAUCGGGCUCUCGGACACGGUGGCGGCGCUGGUGGACAGCCCGGGUCGGCUGGGCCGGUCCUACCGCCCCGCCGCGGCGUCCCUCGUCAACCGGGGCCACGACAUCAUGGUGCGGUUCAACAGCAACCCCGGCGGCGUGGUCAUCGACGGCGUGGCCUACCGGCUCCGGCAGAUGCACUGGCACUCGCCCAGCGAGCACGCCGUCAACGGCCGCCGCUACGCCCUCGAGCUCCACAUGCUGCACCAGAGCGAGGCCGGCAACAGGUACGCCGUCGUCGCGCAGCUCUACAAGGUCAGCCGGACGCGCCGCGAUCGGACCAUACGCAGGCUGGAGCGCUACAUCAGGAGGAUCGCGAGGAGGGAGAACCACGAGGAGCUCAUCGACGAGGUGGUGGACCCGCGGCGGCCGGUGAGCCGGAGCACCGUGUACUACAGGUACACCGGCUCCUUCACCACGCCGCCGUGCACGGAGGGCGUCACCUGGGUGGUCGCCCACCAGGUACGGCGCGUGACGCGGCGCCAGAUCCGGCUCCUGCGGAACGCCGUCAAUGACGGCGCGAGGAGGAACGCGCGGCCACUUCAGGAGGCGAACGGCAGGAGCGUCGCCUUCUACUACGCAUCGCCGGCGCACGGCCGACGGGCGACGGGGGACUAGCGAGGAGACGGCCGGCCGGCGACAUCUCGGAGUACGUCGUCCCUCGGCGUGCGCUGCUUCUUGCGUACACGUGGCCAAGCAGUUCAUGCAUGUCCCUAUAACCGGUGUUCCCCCAAAUCAAUUCAUUGCAACGUAGCACAAUUGAAUUGAUGUAAAAAAAAUGAAGGAAACAUUUUGCCAUAGAAAUUGAGUAUGAGUUUAUUUGGAGGACUAUUUCCUUGUUUCUAUGAGGGAGAUUACACAAUCUGAAAAGAGA